UGUCCGAAAACUGCAGAGCGUGAUCUUCUCUCUGUAGUACGACCGAUUUUUCUACUUUACCCGAUCGUUUUAACUUUUUCACCACGGUAAAAAAAUUAAACUCAGAUUUGGGCUUUUUAAUCUGUGCCAUUUCUCAACGAACCUCGCUAAUCUUUCUCAUCUAAUCAAAAAUUUAAUUACCAUUAAUCCUUUGGCUAAUUACUCUUUUGUCCUCUUCUUCUUCUUCUCUCUUCUCUUUCUUGGUGGCUCUCUUCUUAUAGCCACUGUUCCCUAUUCAUUGUAUUCCUCAAAUCUCUUUACUUGAUCGUUGGUUCUCUCAAAAAUCAGAUUUUUAUUUCUGGGUUUUGUUCGAAAUUUUCUGAUCAUGGCGGUCAUUGAGAGCGUCGGAGCUAAUACUACGGUGGAAGCUGGUGGUUUGAUCUCGCCGUCGCCGCCGUCUUCCGUCACCAGUCAAGAAUCAGGAGUCUCUUCUAACAACGAUCACGGUGGAAAUGAAAUCCACGGUGAGAUCGGAGUCCACGUGGCGAGAUCCGACGGUGAUGAGAGUUUUAAGCGUGAUAUGAGAGAGCUUCAUGAGCUCUUGUCUAAGCUUAAUCCCAUGGCUAAAGAGUUUGUUCCUCCUUCACUCACUAAGCCAGUUGUUAAUGGUUUUAACGGUGGUUUCUUCGCCGUUAAUAAUGGCUUUGGUGCUGCCGGGAAUUUCCCCGUUAACGAAGACGGUGGUUUUCGCCGUAAGAAGUCGUUUGGACAACAAGGGAAAAGGAGAAUGAAUCCUAGGACAAGUUUGGCUCAGCGUGAAGAGAUCAUUCGAAGAACUGUCUAUGUGUCUGAUAUUGACCAACAGGUCACUGAGGAGCAGCUUGCUGGUUUGUUUAUCGGCUUUGGACAGGUUGUUGACUGUCGUAUAUGUGGUGAUCCCAACUCAGUACUUAGGUUUGCUUUCAUUGAGUUCACUGAUGAAGUGGGUGCAAGGGCUGCGCUGAGUUUGUCUGGGACGAUGCUGGGAUUCUAUCCUGUGAAGGUUAUGCCGUCUAAGACAGCUAUUGCACCGGUUAACCCGACAUUCUUGCCAAGGACUGAAGAUGAGCGUGAGAUGUGUGCGAGAACUAUCUACUGCACUAACAUCGACAAGAAGCUCACUCAAGCAGACAUAAAACUCUUUUUUGAGUCUGUGUGUGGAGAGGUGUACCGUCUGAGGCUGCUGGGCGAUUAUCAUCAUCCAACUCGCAUCGGUUUCGUGGAGUUUGUCAUGGCUGAAAGCGCGAUAGCUGCUCUCAACUGCAGUGGCGUCCUUCUUGGCUCUUUACCGAUAAGGGUGAGUCCGUCAAAGACACCUGUUCGUUCCCGUGCUGUCCCGCGACAUCAAAUGCAUUAACCGUAGUAGCUACAAGUUUUAUAAAUAUUUCUGCUCCUCACAGACAUGUAAAGAAUGUUUGUCUGAAACUUCUGGUUCUUUUGUUUUCCCUUAUGUAAUGCUAGAAGCUUGAUGAUGCUUCUGUUGCCUUUUGCUUUUGGGUAAAUCUCUUAGGGAGAGGUUUUUUCUAUUUGGGUUCUUACGUUUAGAAGUUACACAGAGCAGAAGAGUAUAAAAGACUGAGAGAGGCUUUUGAAGAUUGUCUCUGUUUUUAGUUAUUUAUACUCUCUUACCCCUGAAGUUAUUAGAAACUUGCUUUUGUGCUUAAAUGUUUCGACUCUUUAGAGUUAAAAACAUUUACUUAUCGUC